CCAUGGCCCCACCCCUCCCGGGGAGGGAAAAGGCUGCUGCCAGUCGCUCUGCUCACAGGCGCUGGGACUUGGCCUGGAGGAGGAGAGCACAGACCACCACUGCUGCUUCAGGCAGGCCAUGGACCCCCACGAGAUGGUCGUCAAGAACCCCUACGCCCACAUCAGCAUCCCCCGGGCCCACCUGCGGCCUGACCUGGAGCGGCAGCUGGAGGGGACUCCCUGCUCCAUGGAGCUGCAGCCUCUGCCCGUGGGCCCCUGCGCCCCGGAGCCCACCCGCCUCCUGCAGCCCAUCGAGGAGGCCCAAGGGCCCAAGGGUGCCAAGGGCGCCAAGGGCGCCAAGGGUGCAAAGGGGACCGCCUUCGUCAAGGGCCAGCAGGCCUGGCCGCAGCCGGGCAACCCCUGCUGCCGUGGGCAGCGCCCUGCAGGACUGACCUACACGGGCCUGCCGCCCAUCGAGCGCGGUGACGACAUCGCCCACCACUGCUGGUGCUGCCCCUGCUGCUCCUGCUGCCACUGCCCUCGGUUCUGCCGCUGCCACAGCUGCUGCUGUGUUGUCUCCUAGCCCGGCCCCUGCAGGGCUGUGGGCCUGCCCAGGACGCCCCCACCUCGCAGGCCCAGAACUCCGUGCAGGCAGCCACAGCUGUGGGGACGUGUGGGGCAGCCACCGGGCCACUGUCACAGGCGUUGGCCACUUCACCCUAGACAGGGGCAUCUGUGUGCCACAGAGGCCAACAGCUCAGCUCAGACGCAUGGAAAAGGGGCCCUGGGUGCUGGCCGUGGCGGCAGCCCAGGAACACCCUUGAGCCCCUCUUGGCCCCUCACUCAGGGCCACGCCUAGGAAAUAAAGCAGAGCGAGCUUU